AUGGCUUCGAACGUUCCUAAGUUUGCAAGUUUCCGACCAAAGCCCAAGCCGGCCUCAGAACCGCCCAAAGAAGUCCAGAAAGUAAAGGAUGUGGAGAGGCUGCCAAAAGACACAACGCGACGCGAAAGGAGAAAGUCACCACAACACGAAAACCAACGCCACGCACGAGACUCGCAACCGUCAAAACUCUACUUCAGCGACCGCAGAAGCGACACUGACAUCCUGAAAUAUGGAACGAUAAAUCGCUAUGAUGUUCCCGCAUAUCGUCGCUGUGGUCACGGCCAUGUCCUAGGGCUGUCUACCGACCAGAAGAUCGAUCGAGAGACGUCGACAGACAAGAAAAUCUACAUCACUCCAGCAACUCGACAACGACAGGAAAGACUAUUGACAGCCAAGCACGUGCCCAAAGAGAGUAGCCGCGCGCUACGAUUCAUCAAGCCUGCCGAGCACCAGCCUGUUCAAGACCGCGACUUCAUCUCGCUUUCUAGCACUAACAAGCGAAAACGAGACGAUGAUGAAGCUGAAGAUGACGAAGCACCAGAUGUGGAUUAUCGCGGUAUUGAGCGUCAUGACAAGUCGUCUGAGCUGAUUGAUCCAGACACAUUGUAUGAGUCAGAUUCACAGACUACCGGUGUGGGCGCAGAGGUCACUCGCCAGAACUCCAGGCUCGUGAGAAGAACUCGCGAACACCCGGAGGACCUUGAGGGGUGGCUAGACUUCAUCCAUCAUCAGGAGCCAAUGAUGAUGCUAGACCGGGCUUCUGCUGAAUUGAGCGAGACGGACAAGCGACAUCUCGCCGAGGUACGUGUUCCAAUCUACGAGGAAGCUUUGAAGAAGAUUGGGAACAAUCAAGACAGCCAAGUCAGGCUCUAUGAAGGACUCUUGAACGAAGCGCGUCGGUCUUGGGAUGAUGCCAGACUUGCUAUCAAGUGGAAAGACGUACUUGCGAAAUAUCCAUAUAGCACGCCAUUGUGGUUUGACUAUCUCAACUUCAUGCAGUCAAGUUUUGCUCGAUUCAAAUACGAAGACUCCCGGAUCGCUUUUCUCAAGUGUCUCGAAACUCUGCGAUUGAGCCCCAAGGGAGUCUCGCCGGAAAUAUCUUUGCAUGUGUUGGUUCGCCUGACUUCGAUGAUUCACGGAGCAGGCUACCAGGAGCUCGCCCUGGCUAUAUGGCAAGCUCUACUGGAGUUUCAUCUUUUACGGCCACCGCAGAAUACCGGCACGAAGGUACAAGACGCUCUCCAAAGCUUCGAAGACUUUUGGGAAAGCGAAGUUCCGCGGAUCGGCGAGCCGCAAGCAAAAGGCUGGCGUCGUUUCAAUUCAGAAGAUGAUCCGCCCCCAGGGCCUGCGCCUCUACAAAAAAAGAUCGCAUCAGAUGCCGUCUUUGAAGAUUUCCAAAAGCGCGAGUCGGAAGCCAUGCUCAACCUCCGAUAUCCAGGCCGUACUGCAGACGACGUGGCUGAAGAUGAUCCUUUCCAUACAAUCUUCUUCUCGGAUGUCCAGGAAUAUCUAUCAAUCGUCCCCUCCACGACAGACGCAUCACUUAUUCUGGAAGCCUUUUUGUGUUUCUGCGGCCUUCCUUCAUUGCCACGAGUUGGAUCGCACCAGUGGAAGUGGUGGUCCGACCCAUAUCUACAGCACACCUUGCCGUCUUCGCCAACCGACAUAGAUGACUCGAGCCCAUUCGUGCAAACACUCCGACACUUCUCGGAUUGCCCGUCAAAGAGCUUGCAGAUGACGAGCUCGCUUCUUUUCGAGCAAGAUUUCUCACUCGAGGGUAUCAACCUCAGCACUAGCUUCAUACAGCGACUUCUCAAACUCGUAGCGUCAGAUCCGUCAAGUGACGCGAUCAUUGGCGAAUACCUCCUCGCCUUUACAUCGCGUCAUUUCCCCUCAGAUAUCCCCAAAAUCGCAAAACAGCUUCUCAAAACCCGCUCGUCCAGUUUACGUCUCUACAACGCAUAUGGUCUCGCCGAAUCGCAUCGCGGGAAUGUUACGAAAGCAGACCAAGUCUUCAGCAUGGCGCUGUCCAUGCAUAAAGGGGAUCCGACGCAAGAUAGUCUGCAGCUCUUGUACAGCUGGGUCUGGAGCGCAAUGGACAAGAACGAACCCACAGAGGCAUACUGGCGCCUCGUAUCGCCCCAAGGAUCUCCGACCCAGCCCGCGAGAACCACACAACCCGACUCCACCACGAUACUCCGCGCGCACACGCUCUUCACCGAAACCACGCAACGCGCCCUAAUCCAACGCAACCACCCCACAGCAAUCCUAAGCACCUCUCUCCUCGCCCUCCUAACCUACAUCUCCACCCCCAACCCCCAAUCCGCCCUCGCCCACCACACAUCCCUCCUCCCCUCCCUCCCACCACCGCACCAAGAAUCCCUCGCCCAAUCCCUCGCCCGCCUCCUAACCCACCACGCGCUCCACGCCCCCAUCCUAAAAGCAACACUCCUCCGCACAGCCCUCGACCCCCUCAUCGCCCUCUUCCCAAACAACACCAUCCUCCUCCCCCUCUACGCCGCAAACGAAGCCCGCUUCGCAAUCGACGACAGAGUGCGCAGCGUCAUGCGCAGACCAAACGCACAGAACCUCAGCACAGCGGGCUGGGCGUUCGCGAUUCACUACGAGGCGUUGCGUGGUGAGCGCGGGGGCUCGACGAGCCAUGCGGUGAGGGCGCUGUAUGGACGCGCCACGGGGUCUGGGGGCGCGGCUUGUCCUGCGCUGUGGAUGGCGUAUGUGCGUUUUGAGACUGGGCAGCUUGAGCUUGAGAGGGGGAAGUGGGCGCGUGGGGAUGGGAAGGAGGGCGCAGGGCGAGUGCGCGAGGCGGAGCAACGCGUUAGAUCGACUGUGUAUGCGGGGCUGAGACGGGUACCCUGGUGCAAGGCAUUUAUCACGCACGCAUUCACACACUGCUCGCGUGUGUUUACGGACGAGGAGAAAGCGCGGUUGUAUGGCGUUAUGCAGGAGAAGGAGUUUAGGCUGUAUAUUGAUAUUGAUGUCGAGACGGUAUAA